GCUUUCUCCACAGCAUGUAUCCGCUAGCCGCUAUUGACGAGAUAUUUCAGGUUGUGCUCGCGAAUGUCAAAGCCAGAGUAGCGCUGCGAAGCUUGGCUCUGUCCUGCCGGGCAUUCUACGACCCAGCCAUGGACGUGCUCUGGUGCGAUCUAGAAGGCUUGCAGCCACUUGUCAGGUGUCUCCCGUCCCAUAUGGUUAGAAAAGUCAAAGGGACGACCGCCGCCGUGAAAAUCACUAGGCGGCCUCUACAGGCGGACUGGUCCAGGUUCUUGCAUCACUCUCGUCGAGUGAGGAGUCUUCAAGUGCACUCCGGCUAUGGGGACGACUCUCGGUAUGACAUCGACUACGCUGCCUUCGAGAUACUCCGUCAAUAUCAUCCAGGGCUUGUUCUGCCGAACCUGCAGCACCUGGUUUGGUCCGACAACGAGCUGGCCCCUUUUGCGACCUUAUUCGUCACGCCCUCCUUAUUGUCGCUUGUUUUCAAACCCGUGGAAAAUCUAGAAAUUGAAGACGUACGCGCGAUCUUGGCAGAAGUGAGGGGACAGGCCAGCGAGCUCCAGCUCCUCAAGUUUCCCGAGGCCGAUCUUAACGUUUUAACGACUCUCAAAGAAGAGAUCUCGGCUACUGUAUGCGCUUUGACAAAUUUGACCACCCUCGACUUCAGCUAUGCCCAUUUACUCCCUGAUGCCUUCAUUCACCUCUCCCGCCUUCCCAAGCUGACCUCCCUCACCGUCUCUCUAACAAAUCGCAACGGUGAUUGUUGGAAAUCCGCUGGAUGGGGCGGAUUCUCUUCGUUGGAGAUGCUAGGUAUCUCAUCCCUAGAGCAUCACAACAACUUGUCUUAUCCCUUGAACUUCCUGAACUCCAUCAACGUCGCCAAGCUGACGGAAGUAGAGAUGAUCUCCGAUAUACCAGCACAGAUUGACGAUGUGGCCGAACUCUUCUCCUCCCUCGGUCGAUUUUCAAAACUCAGACAAAUUAACCUCGUGUUCUGCGAUGACGAUGACGAUGACGGCCGGAAUGGCAAAUUUCUUCGUGGCAGCGCAAUCUU